UUUAACAUGCCAUAAUUUGAUGCCCGUCUAUUUUUCAUUCAGCUCGUGGCAUCUUAAGCGCAUUGCCGAGAAAGAAAGACAUUUUGAUAGCCUACCUCCCAACCACAGGCUAUUAUUGAAGAAAUUCGGGGACCAUUUCAACAUGGUUCGUGAGUGCAUAUUAUACAAUGCAGAGUUCAUCGACGAAAUGAUUCUCGAAGCGGAGCGAAUGUUCCUGAACGAGGACUAUCAGUGUAAGACGGAAGCGGCUGAGCCAGUCAGGCCAGCGGAUAUGGACAAAGUGGACUCGACCAUGGUACAACUAGUUCGUGACUGGAGUGGAGCCGGAAGUGAGGAAAGAAAAGCAUCUUAUGGCAUGGUGGUUCAAGCUCUUGAGGAGGAAUUCUCUGAUCUACUACCCGAAGAACGCUCUGAAACGAGAGUUCUUGUACCCGGAGCAGGACUUGGGCGCCUAGCUUUCGAAAUAUUCCGGAGAGGCUUUUCCAGUGAGGGCAAUGAGUACAGCAUGUUCAUGCUUGUUGCUGCAAAUUUCAUGAUAAACAGAAUCCUUAAACCUGGUGGAAUUUGGAUCAACAUCGGCCCCUUAUUGUAUCACUACGCAGACAUGAAAGAUAAUUUAUCCAUCGAACCGCCGUAUGACAUUCUUAAAGAAUGUAUUGUGGCCAUUGGUUUCAAGUUCGAGAAGGAAGAAGUGAACGUGGAAACGCCAUACGCCUGUGAUAUGAAUUCUAUGAAUAAAAAUACGUUCAGAAGUGUGUUCUUUGUGUGUCGAAAGCCGACAAAUUUUGAGCAGUCGUGACAAAUGCAUGCCUCGCUGCAUCAUAUCUUGU